AUGGACUUCGGAAUUUUGGGCUACAUCCUCAAUGGUGGACCACAUCCGCGAUGGUAUAAUUGUGGGACGAGAAGCCAGGAAGAGUGGUAUGCAACUGGAAACCCACGGCCGAUCCUUGCAGUGUAUCUUCUCGGCAGCGGAACUGUUUUUGCGACAGUUUACAUACUGGCGUUAAUCGCGAUGAUUCGUGGUAAAAUGUACAACAUCUCGCCCUGCUAUGUGGUGAUGAUAUUUAUGGGAUUCAGUGACCUUCAGAUGCUCGGUCUCUACAUCCAAGCUUUCAUCAUCUGUUCAACGCAUGUGGGCGCCGCUUGGGGAUACUUAUUCAUGAAUUACAUCCCGAAUUUCCCGAAAAUAUUGAGUCUUGUCGGAGAGGUGGCAUGGCAGUGCAGUCAUGGCUUUCCCGGUAUGGUAUAUUUAAUCUUGAACAAAUCUAUACGAAAAUCCGUCCUCAAAAUGUUGGGAUUAAAAAAGACAAUCCGCUGGCUAUUCGGCUACCCGGAUUCGUACUACAACUGUUCGGGGCGCAGUGUAGCGGAAUGGGCGAAGACUGGAGAACGAUGGCCGUUAUUUGGGGCGUAUUUUCUGGUUUCUGGCACUGCUUACAUGUGCCUCUACCUUCCGACGAUCUACGCGAUGAUACGUUUGAAUAUGAUCAAGGAUUCAUGUUAUAAGAUAAUGCUGACCCUAAUCGGUGUCGAUAUCUUGAAUAUCAUCGCGAAUUCCAUAAUUGCUGGGUAUCUGUUUUCGGCCGGGGCCGUGUUUUGUACGAAUCCGGUUUUUAUGUAUAUCGAGGGAGCUUAUAACAUUUUUGUAUGGAUGGCCGCCUCGUUUUUCUACGUCUUACUCGCUAUCAAUCGAUUUAUUAAAGUCCCCAUGUCCAUCUGGCUGUUCCUCUGUCUGGUAUACUGUACCUACGGUGCCAUACUGCACACACCGCUUCCGUAUAGCUCCCCACACCUCAGCGCUCACUAUAUCAUCUCUGUUGAAGAUCCGGUUACGACAAUCCGCUGGCUAUUCGGCUACCCGGACUCGUAUUACAACUGUUCGGGGCGGAGUGUAGCGGAAUGGAUGGAAACUGGCGAGAAAUGGCCGAUUUUUGGGACCUAUUUUCUGUUAUCUGGUGCUGUUUACAUGUGCCUCUACAUCCCGACGAUCUACGCAAUGCUACGCUUGAAUAUGAUCAAGAAUUCGUGUUAUAAGAUAAUGUUUUGUCUCUGCAUCGCCGAUAUGUGCAAUAUUUGCUGGUUAUUCAUUUUCGAUUGGUGCCGUGUUUUGCAUGAAUCCGUCGUCUGGCUGGCCGCCUCAUUUUUCUACGUCCUCCUCGCCCUGAAUAGGUUUAUCGUGAUUUUGGGGAAUAAUAGGAUCGACCGGAUUUUUCAGUGCCUCUACCUCCCCACAAUCUACGCAAUGAUACGCUUGAAUUUGGUCAAGAAUUCUUGCUAUAAGAUAAUGUUCUGGCUAAUCCUGGGCGAUAUGGCGAAUUUUCUGGCGAAUUCCCUAUUUGCGGGUUAUCUCUUUUCUAUCGGUGCCGUAUUCUGUAUGAGCCCGGUUUUUAUGUAUAUCGAAGGAGCUUUUAAUGUUUUCAUCUGGAUGGUCACCGCGUGUUUCUACGUCCUUCUCGGCGUCAAUCGUUUAAUCGUAUUUCUUGGAAAUCCCAGGACCCUAAUCCAAGCCGUCAUGAUCACGCUACCCGUCCUCUUGGGAUGUCUAAUGUGCGUUUAUGUACAGUUAACGCACGCCAGUACGAUUGGAUGGGCCAUCGCCGCGCAGUUGAUAUGGCAAACGAUCACUGGUAUCUCCUCGAUCUCCUAUCUCGUUUUCAACUCCAACAUUCGUUCGUUCUAUUUUGGAAACCGCAAAAUCGCUUCAACCUAUGAGGAAUCGAAAGCUCGCAAUCCAACAAAUACAAUCCGCUGGCUAUUCGGCUACCCGGAUUCGUCUUACAACUGUUCGGGGCGGAGUGUAGCGGAAUGGAUGGAGACUGGCGAGAGGUGGCCGUUGAUUGGGAAUUAUUUUCAAAUCGCUGGCGCGGUGUAUACGUGCCUCUACAUCCCCACCAUCUACGCGAUGAUACGGCUGAAUUUGAUCAAGAAUUCGUGUUAUAAGAUAAUGUUUUGUCUAAUCAUCGCCGACAUGUCGAAUAUCGUGGCAAAUUCCUUGAUCGCUGGCUAUAUGUUUUCGGUGGGAGCCGUAUUUUGUAUGAGCCCGGUGCUGAUGUAUCUCGAGGGAGCGUAUAACAUUUUCGUAUGGCUGGCCGCUUCAUUUUUCUACGUUCUCCUUGCCGUCAAUCGAUUUAUCGUAAUCCUUGGAAACGGCAAGAUUGAUUAUACCUUUCAGAGGAUCCCCACGUACGUUUGGGUGCUUAUGUGCUUGGGGUACUGUACUUACGGCGCGAUACUGCAUAAACCUUUACCUUAUAAUUCGCGACUAUUCGGCGCCUACUACGUGAUCGGGGUGCAGGAUGUGGCCACGGAAUUCCCGAUUUACGAAAACGUCGUCCACGAGUAUAACAAUAUCGUUGUCGCCGCCACAAUUACCGUACUCUACGCCCUAAUUGCCCUCAUGCUUAUGUUACGGCGAGCCGAAAGAGAGAAGACCUCGCGGGCUGAAAUGAAUGCCCUGAUUCAAGCCUUCCUAAUCACACUACCCGCCCUGGGAGCUUGUAUACUGUACGUCUAUAUGCAAAUGUCGAACGCGGGGACGAUCGGAUGGGCCAUUGCCGCACAGCUCAGCUGGCAGACAUUAUCUGGGAUUUCUGCCGUCUUCUACCUGUUGUUCAACAACAGCAUCCGAGCUUUCUAUUUCGGCAAGGGAAAAGUGUCAUCCAUCUACGAAGAGUCCAAAGAACGCCGGAACACGCAACCCACCGCU